GUAUCCCAUUUAUCCGGGGAGACCGACCCAGCAAGUCUUAGCGGGAGGGAUUUGGGUGAGAGGAAUAUAAGGUUUGAAUUCGAGAGGGGGUUCGACAAGAUUGAGUCUGCGUCUCCAAAGAUUGAGCUUGACCCCAUUUUGGGGAGGACUAGGAGGAAUGAAGUGGUUGAGAUUCAGACUUUAAGGGGUGAGAACGAGGAAAAGAAGGUUGAGCUUGUGGAAAACUUGAGGGUUGAGGAUGGCAAAGAUGCUCUGAAUGGGAUUAUUGCAAAUAAUAAUUCCAUUGCUGUCCAGCCAACUGCUUCAACAGUGGGUUCAAAGAAAGAUGAUGGGAAUUUGGAUCAUGAAAUGGGGAUUAGAGUGUUCCCUGACUGGAAGGAUCCUCCAGCUCAUGAAGAAUGGAAACAGUCCCCGAAAAUUAAAUGUGGAUUACGAGAUAAUCCGGGAUACGUGCCACUUAUCUACUAUGGUUUGCAGCACUUUGUGUCAUUGGUUGGAUCACUUAUUUUUAUGCCUUUGAUCAUUGUACCUGCAAUGGGUGGAAGUGAUAAAGAUACAGCUACUGUUAUUUCCACAACAUUGCUAGUGUCUGGCCUUACCACAGUACUGCACUCAUACUUUGGUACCCGGCUGCCAUUAGUUCAAGGGAGUUCUUUCGUGUAUUUGGCGCCUGCAUUAGUCAUCAUAAAUUCAGAGGAGUACCGAAAUCUAGCAGAAAAUAAAUUUAAGCACAUAAUGAGGGAGUUACAAGGUGCUAUAAUAGUUGGUUCAAUAUUCCAGAGCAUCUUUGGUUUCAGUGGCUUGAUGUCUCUUUUUCUAAGGUUGAUAAACCCUGUUGUGGUUGCUCCUACAAUUGCAGCAGUGGGUUUAGCUUUUUUCAGCUAUGGCUUUCCUCAAGCUGGUAGCUGUAUAGAAAUCAGCGUUCCCGAGAUACUACUUGUUCUUGCUUUUACCCUGUAUCUUCGAGGAAUAUCUAUUUUUGGACAUAGAGUGUUCAGAAUCUAUGCGGUUCCAUUAAGUGUUGUAAUUACAUGGGCAUAUGCAUUCUUUUUGACAGCUGGUGGGGCUUAUAACUACAAGGGCUGCACUUCUGACAUACCAAGUUCAAAUAUCCUUAUUGAUGCAUGUAGGAAGCACGCAUAUACAAUGAGACAUUGUAGGACUGAUGUGUCAAAUGCUAUGAAGACUGCUGAAUGGUUCAGAAUCCCUUACCCUUUGCAGUGGGGUAUGCCUAUCUUCCGUCUUAGGACUUCACUUGUUAUGAUAAUUGUGUCACUAGUUGCUUCUGUUGAUUCGGUUGGAACUUAUCAUUCGGCAUCGAUGCGAAUCAACUUGAAAACUCCAACUCCUGGUAUUGUGAGUAGAGGAAUUGGCAUGGAAGGGUUUUGCAGUGUUCUAGCUGGACUUUGGGGAACAGGUACCGGAUCAACAACACUGAUAGAGAACGUGCAUACAAUUGAUGUCACCCAAGUAGCAAGCCGAAGGGCAUUAGAAUUUGGAUCGAUUUUCUUGAUCAUCUUCUCCUUUGCAGGCAAAGUGGGUGCUAUUAUUGCAUCUAUACCACAAGCAUUGGCAGCUGCCAUAUUGUGCUUCAUAUGGGCACUGGUGAUGGCUUUGGGUUUAUCAACAAUGCAAUAUACUCAAACAGCAAGUUUCCGGAACAUCAUGAUUGUUGGAGUCUCUUUGCUCCUUGGCUUCUCCAUCCCAUCUUACAUUCAGCAAUAUCAGCCCGUGUCCUCCUUAAUUUUGCCUGCUUAUCUCCUUCCUUAUGCCGCUGCUUCUAGUGGACCAGUCCACACUGGGAGUACACAAUUUGAUUCUGCGCUGAAUGCACUUAUGUCCUUAAACAUGGUGGUUACACUGUUGGUGGCUUUCAUACUAGACAACACUGUCCCCGGAACCAAAGAAGAGCGAGGUGUGUACAUAUGGUCAACUACAGAAGACAUAACCACAGAUCCGUCUUCCUUUUCAGACUAUUCGCUGCCAAGAAAGGUUGCCAGGUGUUUUCGCUGGGCAAAAUGCAUUGGUUUAUGACUGUUGGAUUUUAGAAGCUUUCUGCUCGAAGUGUGUAACUAGUAGUCAAAACUUAUAAUCUUAUAUAUAGAUAGAGUAUUAUUUUGUUUCUGUACAAGCAACUGAUAUACAGAAGCGCACCAAAUCGCUCAUUGCUUCCAUAGUGAAUUGAUUUUAAAAAGAGAUAUAUGUUCUGUAAAAGGAUUUCAUGCACAGUGAAGUAAGCUAGGAUCAAAUGUUUCAAACAAGUCU